UUAUAUAGGGUGAAAGGUGAAAAGUCAGAGGUCAUUAAAACUUGAGGCAGUGUGUGGCAUGUUGAGAAAAAGUGUUGUCUUUGUUUGAUUACAUUUCUCUGAGCGCGAAGAAAAGCAGACUAUGGCGUCAGCACCAACGCAAGAGACAUUCUCAAAGUUUCAAGAAUACCUAACAAAGGACCAGGACAUUAGAGAGGAAAUCCGAGCAUCAGUGCGUGAGAUUGAACAGACAGCCCGGGAGAUACUAACUGUGCUGCAGGGGGUACACCAGCCCACAGGAUGUAAAGAUACGGUGUCUAUCUGUAAGAGGAGCCGUGAGAUGUUCACUAAUAUCAGACGUCAGUACAGUGAACUCGCAGCCAAGCUGCCAGCGGAACAGUAUUACAGAUUCCACGACCACUGGCGGUUUGCUAACCAGCGCUGUGUGUUCCUGGCAGCCUUCCUGGUGUACCUGGAGUCAGACAAGCUCAUCACCAGGGAAGAGGCAGCAGAAUUACUCGGAGUUAAAGAGAGAAGAGAAGAUGGUUUCCACAUCGACCUGGAUGACUUUCUGAUGGGACUUCUUCAGCUGGCAAAUGAGCUGUCUAGAUUAGCAGUGAACAGUGUGACAGCGGGUGACUACAGCAGACCCACCAAGAUUGCCAACUUUGUGGCAGAACUGGAUGCAGGUUUUCGGCUGCUGAAUCUGAAGAACGACGCCCUUCGUAAGAGGUUUGACGGGUUGAAGUACGACGUGAAGAAGAUUGAAGAGGUUGUGUACGACGUGACGAUUCGUGGGCUGAACCCACCACCUGCUCAGAAACCAGAAGCCCCUACAGAGGAGCAGUAACCUUAAUGAUGUCUGGUAUAUAGAGUACAGUCAAACCUGUCUAUAGCGGCCACUCAAGGGACUGGAGAAAUAUGGCCACUAUAGACAGGUGGCCACUAUAGAGAAAACGUUGAUCAAUUGACCAUGAGCAAGCUACACAUGAUUUCAGUUCCCACUAA